CCUGCCGAGUAACGUUGGCUGGCGUGUAGCGAUCUCGGGUGUCGGUAGCGUCAGGUUGAACGGAGCACAAGUGUUUUGUAGUUGAUCGUUCAAAUUCUUACGAUAACAAUGGAGUGUAUAGUAGCGAAUGUGGAACACAUGCGGUUUGACAUUGAGAUUGCUCUCGACGAGCAAUAUGGGGCUCUUCCGUUACCGUUUACUGGCAUGGACAAAUCCAUUGCCGCAGUAUGUCAGUUUUAUCCAAGAGGCACCUGCAGCAAGGGAGCCUCGUGUCCGUUCAGGCACGUUCGUGGCGAUCGCACGAUUGUAUGUAAACAUUGGUUGAGAGGUCUUUGCAAGAAGGGCGAUCAGUGCGAGUUUCUGCACGAAUAUGAUAUGACAAAAAUGCCGGAAUGUUACUUUUAUUCUAGAUUCAAUGCAUGUCACAAUAAGGAAUGUCCGUUCUUACACAUCGAUCCCGAGACUAAAGUCAGAGACUGUCCGUGGUACGAUCGGGGCUUCUGUAGACACGGCCCCUUAUGUCGGCAUCGGCAUGUCAGACGCGUUCUGUGUAUGGCUUACUUGGCUGGUUUUUGUCCGGAGGGGCCAAAUUGCAAAUUUAUGCAUCCAAGAUUCGAAUUACCAGCGGUGCAGGAUAUGCAACCGAAGGAGGGCAAAAAAGUUAUGAUUACCUGCCACUUUUGCGGAGAAGGUGGACACAAAGCGAUCUAUUGCAACAAGAUGCCGCCCGAUGUGCGGGAGGCUCAAGUCAGACAGGAGCUCGACAACAAUUCUCACACGUCGCAUCAUCACAUGAACAUGCACAAUGGACCUCCGCCGCCACGAGGGCCGCAGAAGCCGCUUGAAGAAGUGACGUGUUACAAGUGUGGGCAGAAAGGCCACUAUGCCAACAAGUGUCCAAAGGGCCAUUUAGCAUUUUUGAGUCACGCGGGUAGUGGAGGUGGCGCACAGAAUCAGAAUUAUCGGAGGUGAUUUUCUUCGUUUUAUUUAUGUAACAUGUAUAU